CAUUUAGUUGUUUGAGAACCACAGAAGAAGAAGACUCAUUCAGCUCUGCUCUGUUUGUGUCCGGACUUUUUACACUAUAGCGUUCAAAUUUGACCCAGUAAGGGGUUUUAGAGGGUAAACGGUUUAGAGGAGAGAGACGGAGGGAUCCUGUUCGUUUCGUUUCGGCUUCUGGAGAGGAGAGACGGUGGUUUUUCUCCGCUUUGCUUCAUGGCAAACGAGCGUCUCCGAGUUCUGGAGGAAGUAGAGAAAGAGAUAGCCAUGGUCCUGCAGUGUGCAGGGAAUAUUGUCCUGGAGCUCUCUAAGGACAAACAGAUUGCAAAUUGGAAAGAAGUGGAAAGACAACUCCUGCAGUUCCAAAGCUCGACAAACCGAGUGGAGAGCGAACUGAGCGCCCAGAUCCGCUACCUGACCCAGGUGGCCACAGGCCAGCCUCACGAGGGCUCCACCUACUCGGCCAGGAAGGACUGCCAGAUGGCGCUGAACAGAGCCGAGUACGCCAAGGUCAAACUGGGAGAACUGGGACGGGCGUGUGAGGCCAUGGUAGAGCAGCAGCAGGCACAGCAGGCCAGCUGAAGGGGAGGACGCCACGGAGCUUUCCUCUCUCCAACGACGCGUCUUUCUUCCAGUCCUCAGUCCUAGCUAAAGAAGGAAACGUGUUGGUGCCCCGUUCACGAUGCUACGACUGUUGUCAGCUCACCACUUUGUGUCGCCUGUGUUUGCUGGGUAAUAAAAGACACGGUCCGGUCUGUGGAGGUCAUGGGAUGUCCUACGACGGAGAACGGCUUCAAUAAAUAAAGACGGUUGGAAGGAUGAGAUAAAACCAGAUCUGACCCCACUUCACCUUCACACAUGCAAUCAAUUAGGUCUAAAUAUCAUCAAAUAUGAGACACUUCAAAUAAAAAACUCAUUUGUUGCACGAAGUCUAACAACCUAUUGAUGCCUUUAAUAAAGUCUUAAUAUUUGGA